GUUACUAUCCGUUCACCUGAAAGAAACCAUAAUCAGUCAGAAAUUCACGUGAUGUUUGACUCUGGAGCUGGUAUUCGAGUAGCUGAAGCACAUGGUGUUCUAUCCGUUAUGACUUUGUUACCACCAGACUUCAAUGAGACAUUCGCGUACUAUCGUGGUGCAUACUACCCUGGAAACGAAUAUGAUGAGGAAGGACGCAGAUCUACAGUGCAGGAAGAGUUCAUCAAUAGAGUAGCACAGCCGUCUACACUACAAUACGUAGGAGGUGCGGUAUCACGCAUAACGUGCAUUAAUGAGCUUAAUCAUUAUUCUUGA